AUGGCUGCUCUCAACGUUCACAAACCCGCAAACCUCAUACCCGCCCUCCGCAUAGCCCUGCGCGGGCACGCUCUCCUCGAGAACCCACGGUUCAACAAAGGAACCGGGUUCACACUCAAAGAGCGGAAAACCUUCGGACUGGAGGGGCGGCUUCCGUAUAGGACAAACAGCCUCGACGAGCAAUGUGAGCGCGCGUACGCACAGCUCAAUCAGCGGGACACCCCGAUACGCAAGAACACGUUUUUACAGAGUUUGAAAGAUCAGAACUGGGUGCUGUAUUACUCGCUGCUGGCGCGUCACCUCAAGGAGCUGAUCCCCAUUAUCUAUACGCCCACUGAAGCAGAGGCUAUCGCAUCCUACUCCCAUGUUUUUCGUAGAAGCGAUGGAUUAUUCUUGUCGUACCCUGAUGAAGAUAUUAUGGAGGAGAUGUUUCUCGAGCAGACUCGCGGACGCGAUAUUGAAUUGAUUGUGGUUACAGAUGCAGAGGCUAUCCUCGGCAUUGACGCGUCUAGUCUUAUUGGUGGAAUCGAUCCGUCCAAGUCUCUCAGCGUCACACUAGACGUGGGUACGAACAACGAGGACCUUCUGAAUGAUCCUCUGUACGUGGGUUGGCCAGAGAGGCGCAUUCGAGGAGAAGAUUAUGACAGAUUUGUCGACAAAUUUGUUCAACUUGUUCGGAAAUACCAUCCUCAUUGUCUUUUGCACUUCGAGGACUUCGGAGUAACCAAUGCACACCGGAUUCUUGACCGAUACCGUGACACUCAUGCGGUAUUUAACGAUGAUAUUCAGGGGACGGGGGCUGUAACCCUUGCUUGUAUAAUGUCAGCAAUCCGUGUCUCCAGCCGAGGUCGCGAAUCUGCUUCAUCGCCCACUAAAAAGAAGCUCUCCGACCAGCGCUACAUACUUUUCGGCGCAGGCUCUGCGGGCAUGGGCAUCGCAGUGCAGCUGCGCGACGCCAUCGUCUCCGCCGACGGGCUCUCCCGCGCCGAAGCCAAUCGGCUUUUCUGGAUGAUCGACCGCGUUGGACUCCUACACGAGAACCUGAGGGACCAAAGCGUCACUGAACAUACGCGAGAGUUUGUCAGGCCAGCUGAUGAGGGUUGGGGAGAGGAUGAGGAGCAUGUCUCACUUUUGCAGGUUGUGAAGAAGGUUAGGCCGACGGUGUUGAUUGGAUGUUCGACCUCUGCGGGCGCGUUCUCAAAGGAGGUUGUUGAGGCGAUGAUGGAUGGGUUGGAUGAGGGUGCUCAUCCGAUCAUCUUACCACUGUCGAACCCUAGCCGGUUGGCUGAGGCGGUACCGAAAGAUUUGAUGCAUUGGACCAAUGGAAGAGCACUUAUCGCCACGGGGAGCCCCUUUGAGAGCGUCAAGAUGAAGGUUGAUGGGAAGGACAUGGAAUUUUUUAUUGCAGAGUGCAAUAAUGCACUGAUAUACCCCGGGCUCGGAUUUGGAUCUAUAUUGUCAAAUUCGAGGAAAGUGACAGAUACCAUGCUUAUUGCAGGAGCCAAGCGCCUAGCAGCGCUUUCCCCUGCUAUCAGCAGUACAGAUGAUGGAGAGUAUAAUGGUGCAUCACUGCUACCCGACUUUGGAGAUUCCCCUCAGGUGAAUUUUGAAGUUGGAGUCACCGUUGCAGAACAGGCUGUUCGAGAGGGUACCUCUACAGCUGAUUGGUCUGGAAGUACGGACGAGGAAAGGGAGAAGGCUGUCCAAGAAGUGCGCAGGAGAGCAGAGAAGAUGGUAUGGGUUCCGAUAUAUCCAGAGUACAUUUAUGACCCAAGUGGCUUGAACGAUGCGUAA